AUGAAGUCCCUGCUCUUCAGCCGCUUCCUGCUGCUGCUGCCCUGGGUGCUCAUCGUCAUCAUCGUGCUGGACAUCGACAGCAGCCGGGCGCCGCUGCCCGCGCUGGCUCCCCGCGGCGGCGGCCGGCCCGCGGCGGCGCGGGCGCCCCCCCAGCGGCGGCCCGAGGCGGCGGCGCUGCCCACCAUCUAUGCCAUCACGCCCACGUACAGCCGCCCGGUGCAGAAAGCCGAGCUCACCCGCCUGGCCAACACCUUCCGCCAGGUGGCGCGGCUCCACUGGAUCCUCGUGGAGGACGCGGCGGCGCGCAGCGAGCUGGUGAGCCGCUUCGUGGCGGGCGCCGGCCUGCCCUGCACGCACCUCCACGUCCCCACGCCGCGCAGGUACAAGCGGCCCGGGCUGCCCCGCGCCACCGAGCAGCGCAACGCCGGCCUGGCCUGGCUGCGCCAGCGCCACCAGCACCUGCCGCCGCCCCAGCCCGGGGUGCUCUUCUUCGCCGACGACGACAACACCUACAGUCUGGAGCUCUUCCAGGAGAUGCGUACAACCCGCAAAGUGUCAGUGUGGCCCGUGGGACUUGUGGGAGGACGUCGGUACGAGCGCCCUAUUGUGGAAAAUGGUAAAGUUGUUGGCUGGUACACUGGCUGGAGAGCUGACAGGCCAUUUGCUAUUGACAUGGCAGGAUUUGCUGUGAGUCUUCAAGUGAUUCUGUCACAUCCAAAAGCUGUAUUCAAGCGUCGUGGUUCUCAACCAGGAAUGCAAGAGUCUGAUUUUCUAAAACAGAUAACAACAGUGGAGGAACUAGAACCAAAAGCAAACAACUGCACAAAGGUUCUUGUAUGGCACACACGAACAGAAAAAGUAAAUCUAGCUAAUGAGCCAAAAUAUCAUCUGGACACAGUCAAUAUUGAGGUAUGA